ACUUGGUCUCCAGAUUCGGCGGUAAAAUCAGGCACCGAGAAACACAGCCAUUCAGUCGUAUAUUGAACUCUGAACUCACUGCCAAGCUUGAAUUUGAUAUAUUUAAUAUAACCGCUAUAACGACUGGUUAAGAAACAGAAAUAAUCUCAAAGAACUAGCAAACAUGUCGAGCACCGAGCCAGCAACAGUUGCAGGGGAGGAGGUGAAGGUGACGCUAGGACCUGAUGAUAUUGAUAUUAUGAACAGAGAUCCAGACGAAAUCAACCAGCAUCUAAAGGUGACCUUCUCCGAUAUAUUUGCUGAACCACACCCGACCAUCUUCAGCUUCGACAAGGUGUGGGUUCUCAGUUACCAGGCCUUCACAGCGACACAGCUGUGGUGUUAUCGUAUCCUCAGUCUAAUCUGCGGGCUUCCGUGUGCCGUGUGCUGGGGGAUCGAGUUUGCUUGCAUCUCAUUCUGUAACAUAUGGGUGUGCGUGCCGUACGUCAAGGCCUUUUACAUCAGUCUUCAUUGCAUCCGCAAGAUCUUUGAGCCCUUCAUGGACACUUUCGUCGCACCUUGCUAUCUUGCAAUGGGUAAAAUAUUCUCCAGUAUCAAGGUUUUAGUUGUGAGGGAAUGAUAAAAUAACUUACUGAAGACUUCUUACGAUCUUAUGGAUUUAAUUGUUUACCAAGGUGUGCUUUGAAGAUCAUUACAAGGCUGACAUUAAAAAGCCACAAUUUAACUAAAGUUUACAUCUAUGCAGUUGUUUUGAGAUGAAUCCUAGUUCUGUGGCGAGUUUUUUGCACGUGCUUUACAGUGACUGUAGAACUUGACAAUACUGUCAGCAAAGUAGAUGCAAAUUUCAGUGAAAAGAAGAACAGGAUGUGCCUAGUCAUAUAAUAAGCAGAGUUAAAGAGAGGCAGCCGUCAUUUUUUUCUUCAUUUUUGUAUAAAAUUCAAAUGAAUAGCGUGGACAUUUGAAUAAGAGUAUUUAUAAUUGAAAAUAAAAUUGAACCCAUACAAUUUGAAGAAAGAAUUUUAUUUAAUAUGAAGAAGGUUGCAUACACAUUUCAAAAAUAUAUGUGAUCUUUCAGCAUUUUAUCCGUAAUUGUACGAAACUUUUACACAAGCCUAGUGUGUAUGUAUAUUAACUGAAAGAAUUUCUUACAUAUAUCAGUGGUUUGCUUUAAGUUGAUUAGGUGUUUUUUCGGUUAUCAUAAUCAGAGCUUUUUGGAUACAAUUCCCAAUGAUGCGUUUGAUAGAUAGAACGAUUUAUCUUAUAUUCAAAAUCUCCUUAUGGGAUAUUACGGACUUUCUCACAAUUGUCAUCAUCAAAUGAAAAUUGGCACACCUAGAACUAAAAUACAGAAACCGAAUAUACACCAAAUCAUUUAGAGACUACUUCCAUCAGGAUUGUCUUUACAACGUUGUAGCUGCGGUGGGGGGUCUAUUCUUGUCACUGCUAUCUAAUUGCUAAACGGUAUUUUGAACUGAAACCGAUUCUCUUCAGAAUGGAAGAAAAUGAUAAUGUUGGCCACAACGACAGUACAAUUCACUGCAUAUUUACCCUGGGUGUAAUAAGACCCAACCGUCUCUCUUCUAUCUACCUUUAUUGAAAGAGAUUUAAUCAGCUCUACGGUGGAGAAGCGUCUAAUCCGCAUGAUUAUA